UUUCCUGCGAAUUUAUUUGAAUGAAAGCUGUCUUAAAAUGUUUUCGUCCUGUCAUCGCCGUACACAGAUGCUACUGCGCUAGUCCCGGCCAGGAGAUGAAGUUCCUCAACGUGGCGGAGAAGAAUGACGCUGCUAAAACAAUUGCCGGCUUGCUGUCAAAUGGCGCAGCACGAAGGCGCGAGGGCUUCUCGGUCUACAACAAGGUCUUCGAUUUCGAGGCCCCUGUGCGCGGGCAGAAUGCAAAAAUGGUCAUGACCUCCGUAUCCGGUCAUCUAAUGCAUUUGGAAUUUUUGGUGUCUUAUAAAAAUUGGAAAGUGGUGGAUCCACGGUCCUUAUUCGACGCACCGGUGAAGAAAGCUGUGGGUCCGGACUAUGAACCUAUAAAAAGGACCUUGGAACGCGAGGUGCGCGGCUGUCACGGAUUGAUUGUCUGGACGGAUUGCGAUCGCGAGGGAGAAAACAUUGGCUAUGAGAUUAUUAAUGUAUGUCGUGCUAUCAAGCCUAAUCUUACGGUGUAUCGUGCAACCUUUUCGGAGAUUACUUCUGUGGCAGUGCGUCGGGCUCUCCAGCAACUAGGCCAACCGGAUAAAAGACAAAGCGAUGCUGUGGAUGUCCGUACUGAACUAGAUCUACGAACGGGAGCAGCCAUCACCCGCUUUCAGACCAUGCGUCUGCAGCGACUCUUUCCCGAGAAGAUUGCAAACAAACUCAUCUCGUAUGGAAGUUGCCAAAUUCCCACUCUUGGAUUCGUCGCUGAGCGGUACAAAGAGAUUGAGGCCUUUGUGUCCGAGCCAUUUUGGAAGAUCAAAGUUCUGCACACAAUUGAUGACUUAACGGUGGAAUUUAAUUGGUCUCGAAACCGUCUCUUUGAUAAAGAGGCUUGUGAGAACUACCUACUACUAUGCCUGGCCGAACCAGAACCUAGGGCACUCGUCGAAAACGUUACGGUGAAGCCGAAACACAAGUGGCGUCCAACUCCACUGGAUACCGUGGAAAUGGAAAAACUCGGCUCAAGGAAACUCAAACUGUCUGCAAAGGAGACGAUGACCAUCGCAGAGAAACUGUAUAGCAAGGGUUUUAUUAGCUACCCCAGAACGGAAACCAAUCAGUUUUCCAAGGAGUUCGAUCUGGUGCCUCUCGUUGAAAUGCACACAGGUCACAGCGUUUGGGGAGCAUUUGCCCAGAGAGUAAUUGAGUGGGGACCCAAUCCACGCAACGGUAACAAAUCGGAUCAGGCGCAUCCCCCCAUUCAUCCUACCAAGAUGACAGAAAAUCUGCAGGGAAACGAGGCUCGAGUAUAUGAACUGGUGGUUCGACAUUUUCUAGCCUGUGUCAGCAAAGACGGCAUCGGAUCUGAAACUGUUGUUCACAUAGAUAUUGCCGGUGAAAAGUUCUCGGCCAAUGGUCUGGUCAUUCACGAGCGCAACUACCUUGACGUUUAUGUAUACGACAAGUGGAGUGCCAAGCAGAUCCACCACUACGAAAACGGACAGCGUUUCGAGCCCACGGAGGUGUCGUUGCACGAAGGAGCCACCACUGCCCCACCUUUGUUGACGGAAGCUGAUCUGAUUGCCUUAAUGGAAAAGCAUGGUAUUGGCACGGACGCCACGCACGCCGAACAUAUAAAUACGAUCAAGGAGCGUGGUUAUAUCGGGGUGUUAGACAAGGGUUUCUUAGUGCCCGGUGUUAUUGGAAUGGGUCUAUACGAGGGAUAUGAUGCUAUGGAACUGGCUUUGGCGAAACCCCAGUUGCGAGCAGAUUUUGAGUUGGAUCUAAAAUUAAUCUGCCAAGGACAGAAGGAUCCAAAGGUGGUUUUAACCGAGCAGAUAGCAAAAUACAAGCAGUCCUAUCAACAAAUAACCGACAAGAUCACCGCCAUGGAUGCCAAAAUAUCGGCUCGCAUCAAUGAAACGCCUGCAGCGAAUCCUUCGGGUCAGGAGGGAACCGAUGGAAGUAGUCAGAGUCAACACACGAUGCAAACGCUCUUCCAAUGUCCAAAAUGUGAUGUGGCACCUUUGGCGCUAAAGCCAAAAAAGAACCAGCAGGGCUGGUUCAUUGGCUGCAACAACUUUCCUGACUGCAAAAACGUCGUUUGGAUCCCAACGGAGUGUAAGGACGUUACCGUGCUAGACGAGUGUUGUCCCAAAUGUGGCGAUGGCCACCGAAUGCUAAAGUUCCGCCUAAGCACACCUUACUAUCGUGGAGUUUUUAAUACUCCUCAAGGAUGGUACAAAACAUGUCUGCCCUGCGAUAAUCUUUUUCGAACCACGUUCAACAUUAAUUUGGAUUCGGUGAAGAGAGUGGGUGGAAUCGUGGGCGAAGCAAGAGGUGGUGGAUGGGGUCCUGGUCCUGGAGGAGGCGGAGGUGGUGGAGGUCCUGGCGGCGGAGGAAGUGGAGGUCCUAGAGGAGGAGGUGGUGGAGGUCCUAGCGGAGGAGGUGGUGGAGGUCCUAGCGGAGGAGGUGGUUCCGGGAGAGGAGGAGGCAGUUCCGGCGGAGGAGGUGGUUCUGGAGGGUGGCACAGCGGUUCAAGUGGUAACUCGAGCUCUGCAGGUGAUCGCGGAAAUCCAAAAGAAAAAGGCAAAAAACCUGAUAAGGGACCCUUAAAACCAGCAAGCAAAAAACCUCCAAGUGAGCCAAAGCCCAAAAAAGCCCCGAAAAUCACUGCCAAUAAAAAUCCAAGUACAAAAUCUUCUGGAAGCAUUCGCAGCUACUUUACCAGUUCAAGUACAACGCAUUCUCCUACCAUCGGACUAGAUGGGUUCUUCGAUAGCAACGAUGACUUUGAGGAUGCUAUGUUGGCUGCUGCUGACUCCAUGGAAUUGAGUACUGACAAACCCAAAAUUUCUAACACGGUACCUCUGGACGACGACAUAGCCGCCGCAUUUGCCGCAGAUGAUGAUGCUGAAUUUGAGGCGCUGGUAAACGGGGGGAAUGUGAACGAUCCCCUUGAGAAAAGUUUGUCGGAAUGGGUACAGGAGAUAGACCAAGCGGAUGAGAGCCCAAUGCUUUGGGGAAGUCGGGAACGAGCAUCUUUCGGCACUGCUGCUCCCACUCCUCCUCCAAAACCAGCAGCUAAAAGAGCGAGGUGGGACAAUGCCGAAUGGAAUGCACCACCAUCAUCAACAACUGAACCGGAAACAGUACUUUGUACAGGAUGCCAGCAGCCAGCUCGACAUAAUACUGUUCGUAAGGAUGGGCCUAACCAGGGAAGGCAGUUCUACAAGUGUCCAAACCAAGAUGAGUGCAACUUUUUCCAGUGGGCUGAUGAGCCAGCAAGGGGUAGCUCCGCUCGCCCCACAACUAGUAACUCCUCAUGGGGCUCCAACCGUGUAGUCACACUUCCUAGCAUUAGCCAGAGCAAUUCACAGCGCGGACAGUCAUCAAUGCGAUCCAACUCUAGCAGCACUGUUACCAUCACUCAAACGAAAACGAAAAAUCCGCCAAAAAGUUCCGCGGCCACGUCUGAAGGCGAUGGUGAUGAGGUGAUGUGCAAUUGCGGGCAGUUGGCCAGUAGCUUGACCGUAAGAAAGGAUGGACCCAACCAGGGUAGGCCCUUUUUUGCGUGCCCUACGCGAGAAAAAUCCUGUGGCUUUUUUAAAUGGGGAGAUGAGGACCAGAACCAAGCCUCCAGCAGCGGUUCCAGUUCCGCUUGGGGAUCGGGCAGCCGGAAUCCGCCCGGCCGCAGUCAACCCACGGCUUCUACUUCAGAUGCUCCAAAAUCUCGCCGCUGUGGACUUUGUCGAAAGGAAGGCCACACCAGAGCCAAGUGUCCACGCAAGAAUGACUUCGAUAUGUAGUUGAGAAACAAAUGCAAGAACAGCCUGAGGUGUAUUUCCUUCUACAAUGUAUAUAAAGUUAAUAUAAAAGUAAGUUGUUUUUAUGAAAUGAUUUUUUUUUUAAAUUUGUUUUUCCCUUCUUAAUAUGAUUAAAUCAUUGCUUUUCCAAAAACUACAAGCAAUGAAUCUUGCGCCAAUAGAAUCUUUUACUCAUGGCCUCCGUUUUAGCGAAAUCGAAUGUCCAUGUUUUGUUUUAAUUAAUUAUGUAAUUUACGUAUUACCAUUGACAAGAAAAAGACGUAACUGUAGAUUUUAUAAUUUUAAACAUUUAUUGGAGCGAGCUUAAAUUAUUGCGUAGAUGAGAGGGAUUAGGAUCAGGUUCGAGUGUCCUCUCAAUACAUAAACACUUAUAGCGAGGAUUAGAAAUGUAAAAUACACACAGUUAUUAAAACUUAUGUACAAAGUGUAUAAUUUUGUUAAAGCGAAACUUGAAAAUCAGAGAUACGCAACAACAGGUUUAAAAUAAUAAAAAGUUUGGAGCAAU